AUGGCGUGCCGAACACCGGCCCUCACGGGCAUCGUCAACACCCUCACUUUGCCGGCGCGCUCCAUUGCUGCAUCGGGCAGGACGGCCGCCUUUGACAUCCGAACGGCCUUCUCCCGCGCGCACCGGAGCCAGCUGCUCUCUGCCGCCCCGGCCGCGCACAACCUCACCUUUGGCAACCUGUCCCUCGCGCGAUCGUUCUCCUCCUCGUCCACUCUUCGACCAUUCCAAGCCUCGCAUUUCCACUCUCAGCUCCGACAAUGGCGAGCCUUCAAUACUGGAGGCACGUCUAGGAAUCUCCUCGCCCACAUGGAAGAAGCUGCCAAUCGCAAUCCCAACAGCGCCACCGCCCAGAAUGCCUUCUACCAAGCCCUGCUCCGCGCCAACAUGCCUGCCAUCAUCGUCGAACGCUACGCUUCCGGCCGCUUCGCCACCAACGCCGCCGCAACCGACGCCUACCACAAGGCCCUGAUCAUGGUCUCUCCCAAGGACGGCGUCGACAGCAAUGCGAUCAACGAUGCGGCCGCCAACAUCCCUGGUAACUACUCGCCGACUCAGAUUCAGGCCGUCACGCAGGCUCUGGCCGCCCGCUCGCGCGGUACCACCCUCGCCGUCUCCAAGAACAACACGGGCACCGGCACAAAGGAUGGCCCGCUCCACGUCGUGGUGGACGAGACCAUCGGUGGCACCAUCUUCAGAUGGGUCAAGUUCCUGCUCUGGUUCGGCCUCUUCACCUACCUCAGUCUCAUCGUCCUCACUAUGCUCAUCGAAGCCAUGAGCGUCAUCAAGCGCCCUGGCGGCCCCGGCGCGUCCAAGAGCGACACCGAGGUCAAGGCCGAGCAGCAAAAGGCACGCUUCACUGAUGUCCACGGCGCCGACGAGGCCAAGGAGGAGCUGCAAGAGAUGGUCGAGUUUCUGCGUAACCCGGAAAGGUUCUCACAGCUCGGUGGAAAGCUCCCAAAGGGUAUCCUCCUUGUUGGCCCCCCGGGAACCGGUAAGACAUUGUUGGCUCGCGCCGUUGCUGGCGAAGCUGGUGUACCUUUCUUCUACAUGUCUGGCAGCGAAUUCGACGAGGUCUACGUCGGUGUGGGUGCCAAGCGUGUCCGUGAUCUGUUUGCUGCCGCAAAGGCAAAGUCUCCCGCCAUCGUCUUCAUCGACGAGCUCGACGCCAUUGGCAGCCGCCGCCAGUCCCGCGAUGCCUCUUACGUCCGCCAGACGCUCAACCAGCUCCUGACUGAGCUUGACGGUUUCGACCAGAACAGCAAUGUCAUCAUCAUUGGCGCCACCAACUUCCCCGAAUCGCUCGACAAGGCUCUGACUCGUCCCGGCCGCUUCGACCGCCACGUCCGCGUUGAGCUCCCUGAUGUCCGCGGCCGCCUCGCCAUUCUCAAGCACCACACCCGCAAGAUCAAGGCCGCCACCGACGUCGACCUCACUGCCAUUGCGCAAACCACUUCUGGCCUGUCUGGUGCCGAGCUGGAGAACAUUGUGAACCAGGCUGCUGUCCAUGCUAGCAAGGCCAAGGCCACCUCUGUCUCCAAGGCCGACUUCGACUGGGCCAAGGACAAGGUCAUCAUGGGAGCCGAGCGCAAGACCAUGGUCAUCACGCCCGAGGAAAAAGAGAUGACUGCGUACCACGAGGCCGGUCAUGCCCUGGUCAACCUGCUCACCAAGGGCGGCGCCAACACCCUCUACAAAGUCACUGUCUUGCCUCGCGGCCCCUCUCUGGGUCACACGGCUUACUUGCCAGAGAUGGACAAGUACUCGUACACUGUCCAGAACUACCUCGCCAUGAUUGACAUGUCCCUAGGCGGCAAGCUCGCCGAGGAGAUUGUGUACGGCACCAGCAAGGUCACUGGCGGUGCUUCAUCCGAUCUUAAGAGCGCCACAUCCACGGCGUUCACCAUGAUUGCCAGGCUAGGCAUGUCCCCGCGGCUGGGCAACAUGGAGUAUGCGACGCGCUACGACACCCUGAGCAGCGAGACCCGAGCGAUAAUAGAGGCCGAGGUCCAGCGGACGGUCGACGAGGCGUACGAGCGCGCGCGGAAGCUCCUCACGGACCACCGCAACGAGCUCGACCUGCUCGCCAAGGCCCUGGUCGAGUACGAGACGCUCAGCAGGGAGGAGGUCGAGAAGGUCAUCCGCGGCGAGAAGCUCGAGGGCAGGAUAGCAGCGCCGCGUGGCCCUAUGACGGUGCCCCUGCCGGCGAAACUUCCGGCGCCUGGGGACUUUCCAGCUCCUCCGACGCCACCUUCAGACACGGGGAGUGAACCGCCCACCGCUCCUCCGCCUGCUCCUCCGCCGGCGACACGGACACUCAGGGGCGAUGACGAAUGA